GUCCUCAGACCCCGGGCCGCGAGCUGUGGGCCGCAGAGGGCGGCAUGCGGGACUACGACGAGGUGACCGCCUUCCUGGGCGAGUGGGGGCCCUUCCAGCGCCUCAUCUUCUUCCUGCUCAGCGCCAGCAUCAUCCCCAAUGGCUUCACCGGCCUGUCCUCCGUGUUCCUGAUAGGGACCCCGGCGCACCGCUGCCGGGUGCCGGACGCCGCUAACCUGAGCAGCGCCUGGCGCAACCACAGUGUCCCGCUGCGGCUGCAGGACGGCCGCGAGGUGCCCCACAGCUGCCGCCGCUACCGGCUCGCCACCAUCGCCAACUUCUCGGCGCUCGGGCUGGAGCCGGGGCGCGACGUGGACCUGGGGCAGCUGGAGCUGGAGAGCUGCCUGGAUGGCUGGGAGUUCAGCCAGGACGUCUACCUGUCCACCAUCGUGACCGAGCAAGACAGUGGGGCCCACAACGCUAUGAAAAACAGGAUGGGGAGGAAACUUCAUUUCUGCCUUCCUGCCCAGUGGAACCUGGUGUGUGAGGACGACUGGAAGGCCCCACUCACCAUCUCCUUGUUCUUCGUGGGUGUGCUGUUGGGCUCCUUCAUUUCGGGGCAGCUGUCAGACAGGUUUGGCCGGAAGAAUGUGCUGUUUGUGACCAUGGGCAUGCAGACAGGCUUCAGCUUCCUGCAGCUCUUCUCGAAGAACUUUGAGAUGUUUGUCGUGCUGUUUGUCUUUGUAGGCAUGGGCCAGAUCUCCAACUACGUGGCAGCAUUUGUCCUGGGGACAGAAAUUCUUGGCAAGUCAGUUCGUAUAAUAUUCUCUACGUUAGGAGUGUGCAUAUUUUAUGCAUUUGGCUACAUGGUGCUGCCACUGUUUGCUUACUUCAUCCGAGACUGGCGGAUGCUGCUGCUGGCGCUGACGGUGCCAGGGGUGCUGUGUGUGGCACUCUGGUGGUUCAUUCCUGAGUCCCCCCGAUGGCUCAUCUCUCAGGGACGAUUUGAAGAGGCAGAGGUGAUCAUCCGCAAGGCUGCCAAAGCCAAUGGGAUUGCUGUCCCCUCCACCAUCUUUGACCCGAGUGAGUUACAAGACCUAAGUUCCAAGAAGCAGCAGUCCCACAGCAUUCUGGAUCUGCUUCGAACCCGGAAUAUCCGGAUGGUCACCAUCAUGUCCAUAAUUCUGUGGAUGACCAUAUCAGUGGGCUAUUUCGGGCUUUCCCUUGAUACUCCUAACUUGCAUGGGGACAUCUAUGUGAACUGCUUCCUUUCAGCAACGGUUGAAGUCCCAGCAUACGUGUUGGCCUGGCUGCUGCUGCGGUAUUUGCCCCGGCGCUAUUCCAUGGCCACUGCCCUCUUCCUGGGUGGCAGUGUCCUUCUCUUCGUGCAGCUGGUGCCCCCAGACUUGUAUUAUUUGACUACAGCCCUGGUGAUGGUAGGCAAGUUUGGAAUCACAGCUGCCUUUUCCAUGGUCUACGUGUACACAGCUGAGCUGUAUCCCACAGUGGUGAGAAACAUGGGUGUGGGAGUUAGCUCCACAGCAUCCCGCCUGGGCAGCAUCCUGUCUCCCUACUUUGUUUACCUAGGUGUCUACGACCGCUUCCUGCCCUACAUUCUCAUGGGAAGUCUGACCAUCCUGACAGCCAUCCUCACUUUGUUUCUCCCAGAGAGCUUCGGUACCCCACUCCCAGACACCAUUGACCAGAUGCUAAGGGUCAAAGGAAUGAAACACAGACAAACUCCAAGUCACACAAGGAUGUUAAAAGAUGGUGAAGAAAGGCCCACAAUUCUUAAAAGCACAGCCCUCUAACACACCUUCCAGUAAGGGAGAAACUGAAGAGGAAAACUCGUCUUGCCAGAAAUGGCCAGCUUAUGCAGACUCUGAGACCUUCAGUGACAAAGGCCUUUUACUGUUAUCCUCUUGACCUGUGUCUGACUUGCUCAUGGGCUACGUAUGGUCACCGCACUCAAGGGCUACGUAUGGUCCUAGAGCACCGCCUUCCUCUAGGGACACUGUGGCUACCUACAGAUAACUUCAUAUAAGUCCUAAUUAUUACAGUGAUGGACUCCACUUUAUAAGAAGUUAAUUAUUCACUAGCACUAGUGAGAUCUGGAGGAAUAUGAGAAGCAUACGCUAAAUUUAUAUUUUAAUUUUAGACUACCUGAAAAGGCCCCGAAUAAGGCUAGAGGUCUAAGUCCCCCAUCCCUUCCCUACUCCCCUCUAAUGGUGAACUUUAGAGGGAAAGUAAAUAAUUGCACUAGGAGUUUGAUUUCUUAUCUUUUCUCAGUUACAGAGGACAUUAACUGGAUCAUUGCUUCCCCAGGGCAGGAGAGCGCAAGGCUAGGGAAUGCGAAAGGUAAUGAAGAUGGAGCAGAAUGAGCAGAUGCGGAUCACUGGCAGGUGCACCUAUGUGUGAGCUCUUAGAACACUCAGCAUGAUGACUGAGUAGACUUGUUUACAUCUGAUCAAAGCACUGGGCUUGUCUAGGCCCAUAAGAAAUACACCAUUGAAUCUACUAUUCUUGUUUUCCACUCCUGUGGAAACCUUGCUACUAUAGAGUCUUAUGUUUGGUUUAAAGGAAGUUUAUCAGUGAGAGAGACAAGCAACCUUGUCUUAUCUCUCAAAUCUGUAAUGUGGGUUUUGUUUUGUUUGUUUGUUGUUAUAUGCUUUUCUCCUUAUUUGCCCUUCAGAAUACACUUGGGAAAGGCUAGUUCCUUAGCCUUCUGAUUUGUGUUUUUGUUUUGUUUUGAGAUGGAGUCUCACUCUGUUGCCCAGACUGGAGUGCAGAGGCUCGAUCUUGGCCUCGGUAGGAGCCGGCUCACUGCAACCUUCACUUCCUGGGUUCAAGCGAUUUUCCUGCCUCAGCCUCCCAAGUAGCUGAAACUAUAAGCACCCACAACCAUGCCCAGCUUUUUUUUUUUUUGUAUUUUUAGUAGAGAUGGGGUUUCACUACAUGGGCCAGGCUGGUCUCUAAUCUAAUCUUCAGAUCCACCUGCCUCAGCCUCUCAAAGUGUUGGGAUUACAGGCGUGAGUCUCUGUGCCUGGAGUGUCUUUUGUUAUUUUUAAACCCAGAAUCACUCUGGUAAUUGUCUGUAGCUGCCACUGGUGCAAGGCCUUACCAGCCCUAGCCUCUAGCACUUCUCUAAGUGCCAAAAACAGUGUCAUUGUGUGUGUUCCUUUUUUGAUACUUAAUCAUGGGAAGAAAUUACAAAAAAGAAAUUAAGGUGGCGCCUGUAAUCCCAGCACUUCGGGAGGCUGAGGCGGGUGGAUCACAAGGUCAAAAGAUCGAGACCAUCCUGGUUAACAUAGUGAAACCCCAUCUCUACAAAAAAUACAAAAAAUUAGCUGGGCAUGGUGGCGCGUGCCUGUAAUCCCAGCUACCCAGGAGGCUAAGGCAGGAGAAUUGCCUGAACCCAGGAGGUGGAGGUUACAGUGAGUGGAGAUCACGCCAUUGCAGCCCAGCCUGGGUAACAAGAACGAAACCCCAACCCCGCCCCACAAAAAAAAAGAAAUUAAAAUUGUGUUCAGUCUUUCAGAGUAGCUCACUUUAGUCCUGUAACAUUAUUGGGAGAUAUUUUGUGUUCAGUGUAAUUGUCUUCUCUUAGCUGAUCAUGUUACCAUGGUACUCCUAAAGCAUAUGCUUUACCUGGUUAAAAAAGAACAAACAUGUUUUUGUGAAAGCUACUAAAGUGCCUUGGGAAAUAAAUUUUUAAUAAGUAAAAUGAUUUUUUAAAUAACA